AUGCGAGCUGGGCUUGGGCAUGGGCUUGUGCUCUUGCUAGCAUGUGUGUCCGCCGUCUGUGCACUCGACACGGUCACGCUCGACCUGAACAAGGUCACUCCGAUCGACAUGGACUCGGUGCUUCCGCGAUACUACAAACCCGACACCGACCAAGUAUGCUUCAACAACGGUUUGCGCAGUUCUUUCUGUCACUUUGACGACGGUACGCUGGUCAAUCUCACCAGCACACAGCGUCACCAUCUGCGCAAGACUCUUCGUCAGCACGGCAUUACUCGCACCGUCGACGUCAUGUCCUCGUCCGCGCACCAAAUCGUCGAUCCCUCAAAGGCCGCCGUGACCUCGGACGAAGCCGUGUGCUUUACAUCGUUCCUAAAGAGCCGGGACUGGAGUCGCAACGCGACCAACACGGUGCUCAACGAGCUCUACGUGCGACACAUCAUUGGCUCGCACAGCGAACGCGCCUGGAAGAUCGUUUCGCCCACGGGAUGUUCUGAAGACAUCCAACGCGCUGCUCGUGCGCCUCUCGAACAACCCAACGCUUUCGCCGACAUGACCGUCUGGCAUCCGCUCAUGAAGAACCACAACAGCGACCCCUGGGCCGCCUUCAGGGCCGGCACGGACGGAAUCAUCAAGCGAUCGCUAGCACGUGUCCAUCUCCCGCACAGGCAUGCGCGUCGCGCGUCCAAGGAUAAGCGCCACGCUUCGCGUCCGCAAGGAUACGGUGCUGGUGCACCUGCGUUUCCAGGCUUCCCUGUAUUCCCUGGCUUUCCCCAGCAGGGUGUGCCUGGCAUGCCUGGAUUCCCGCCGCAGGGCGCUCCAGGUGCCCCAGGUGCUCCGCCUCAAGGUGCCCCAGGUGUUCCGGCUCAGGGUGCUCAGGGUGCAGGAACCGAUGCCGGUGCUGGAGCUGGAUCCGACGCUGGAGCUGACGUUGGUGCUGGCGCUGGAAUCAGCGCGGGAGCUGGUGCGAGCGCCACCUCUGCGCAAGAGCGCAGCGCCAGCUCGUCCGCGAUCACCUCCAAGCCGCACGGCUUUGCCUCGUCUGUCACCGGAGGCGGCAACGCCACCCCGGUGAUCCCCAAAGACAUCCACGAGCUCGAGCGUCUUCUCGCCGAUGCACAACCGCGCGUGAUCCACCUGGACAAGACGUACGAUUAUCGGGGCAGUAUGGGUGUGUGCACCAACUGCAAAGGCUGCAUCCCGGACUCGUACCCGAAGUGCCCGAGCAAAGGCCAGCUCGCCAUCGACAACGGCCAAGGCUGGUGUGCGGGCAAACCCCCACACGCUGUGACCUAUGACAAGGCCGGUCUCACUCCGCUUAGCGUUGGCUCGAACAAGUCGAUUGUGGGGUUGUCCGCCAAUGCGGGGAUUCGAGGUAGGGGAUUGCUGAUCGCGCAUUCGAAGAACGUCAUCAUCCACAAUCUCCGCAUCGACCAGAUCAACGCCCAGUUCAUCUGGGGCGGCGACGCGAUCGACCUGCGCGACACGGACCUGAUCUGGAUCGACAAGGUCACCUUCUCCCUCGUGGGGCGACAAUUCAUCGUGACCGACUAUGUUGGUGCUGGACGGGUGACGAUUUCCAACUGCCUGUUCGACGGGCAGACCAAAUGGUCUGCCACGUGCGACGAUUCGCACUACUGGACGGUGUUGGGGUACGGUAAGACGGACAAGGUGACCUUCUCGGGCAACAUGAUGCACCACUGUUCGGGCCGUUCGCCUCGCCUUGCCAACCCGCAAGACAAAGCCGGCGACUCGGUGUGGCACGUAGUCAACAAUCUCUUCGACUACAACACCGGCCAUUCGUUCGACAUUGGCCCUGGCGUAUCCGUGCUCAUCGAAGGUAACGUGUUCAACGACGUUGCCCAGACGAGCUUGCAUGAGAGCAACCCCGGCCGCGCAUUUGCACCGAGCGAUACCUCGAUCGGCGCACAGUGCGAUCGUGUGCUGGGGCGCAACUGCCAGCCCAACGCAUACACCAACGCCAAGCCCAUCCCCAGCACGACGGGGCUCGGUGAGGUGCUCAAGGACAUUGCGCUCGAAACGCUGACUGCCGCCAUGCCCCCCGGUGACGUGCUGGCGCUCGUGCAGAAGAACGCCGGGAGCGGAAGCGGGUCCGCCGCCAACCUGUCCAGAGGGUCCGCGGAUGCUGUCCACUCAGCGUCCACCGACAACGGCGCAAAGCCAGAGGGCUAUGGCGAUGUCCCAACCCAGCCUGACUCCCAGCAAGCGAACGCCGGCACCCCUGCCAACGCUGCCGAUGCUAACGCUGCAAAGCCCAAGUCCCAGCAAGACAAGAACAAGCAGGACAAGAAGAAGCAGGCCGCCGACAAGAAGAAGCACGACCAGCAGGCCAAGCAGCUGGCCGAUCAGCAGAAGAAGCAGCAAGCCGAGCAGCAGAAGAAGCAGCAGCAAAAGCAGCAGAAGGAGCAGCAGGAGCAGCAGAAGAAAGCCGCAGAGGCUGCGCGUAAGCAAGCCCAGGGUGACGCUCCGCAAGGCUACUAG